AUGGAUCUAUCAACGAUCGCUUCUUCACUAACAACCGCAAUAACCCAAUUGACGAUCGCCGAAUUUCGUAGCCAAGUGCUAUGGGCUUUGGUUGUCGGCAUUAUUCUGGCGUUUGUGCUCGGAUUUGCAAUGGGCGCAAACGAUGUGGCGAACGCAUUCGGUACAUCGGUUGGAAGUGGAGUUUUAUCUCUAACGCAGGCUUAUAUCCUGGCGACUAUUUUCGAAACGCUUGGAGCACUUCUUGUUGGAUAUAAUGUCACCGAUACAAUUCGAAAGGGCGUCAUCGAUGUAGAACUAUAUCAAAAUGAACCAAAGGUACUCUUCCUAGGACAGCUAGCCAUUCUUGCAGGAUGUUCUGGAUGGCUUUUGAUCGCUACAUUCGCUCAGUUGCCUGUAUCUACCACACACAGUAUAACAGGUGCUACGGUUGGGUUUGGUCUGGUUACGAUGGGUACAAAAGGCAUUCACUGGAUUAAAGUNAGCCAACACAUAUUUGCCAUAGGCAAAUCACUCAUGAGAUAUGAUAUUGAAACAAACAAAUACAACUGGAAUAGUUUCAUCGCGAUGGGAUUGAUGAGAAUGCAAGUUCAUGCGAUACGCUAUUUAACAAGGAAUGAACUAGAACAUUAUUUUCGCUUACUAAUUGCCUCAUGGUUCAUAUCGCCCGUUCUCUCCGGAAUCGUCUCGAGCAUAUUAUAUAUGAUAGUCGAUUGGGUCGUGCUGAGAAGAAACAAUCCGUUCCGGUGUGGUCUUAUCGCUUUGCCGUUUUUCUACUGGUUCAGCAUUGCGUUCACGACAUUUGCCGUCAGCUAUCAAGGCUCUAAAUGUGAGUGCUUCUGA